AUGUCGCCAGCAGCAAUUGAGGUCAACGGUUCGCCAGUACCUGAACUUAAGCGACAGCUAGCAUUUUACGGAACCCUAAUUCAUUGCCUUUCUUCAGCGAAAGUCGAGAUCAUCGAUCGCGGGCUACUACUGGUAGACACCCACGGAAAAAUCGCCAAUUUGCACAAAGACGUCUCAAAGGAUCGGAUCGAUGCCCUUAUCUCUGCAGAAGGAUGGGAACUCAACUUCGUGGCCGUCACUAUCCUCAAAAGGGGUUCAUUCAUCGUCCCAGGAUUCAUCGACACCCACAAUCAUGCUCCUCAAUGGACUCAACGAGGAACAGGACGAGGCCACAUCAUCAUGGAUUGGCUGAAUAAGACGACGUUUCCGCAUGAAGCCAGAUUCUCGGAUACAAUCUAUGCAGAGAAGACUUAUGCCGCUUGUGUUGACGGCUUCAUUAAGCAAGGAGUCACUACGGCAUGCUACUACGGGUCCUUGCAUGGCGAGGCGACCAAAAUUCUCGCGCAAAAGUGUUUGCAGAAGGGCCAAAGAGCAUACGUGGGAAAAUGUAACAUGAACCGGAACGCUCCGGAUUAUUACAGAGAUGCCAGCGCUGAGGAAUCUCUGGCCGUGACAGAGGACUUUAUUGCUUUCGCCGCAAAGCUCGAUCCUCACAGGGAGCUCAUCACACCAAUUCUCACGCCCAGAUUCGCCGUGGCAUGUGAUGCCGAUGUGCUCUCUGGGCUGGGGAAGAUUGCAGCCAAAGAUCCGACCCUGCCAAUCCAAACACAUUUCAACGAGACACCGCAGGAAAUGGAGAUCACAAAAUUGCUGUUUCCGGAGUUUGGCAACGAGUCAGACCUCUAUGAGCACUUUGGUCUGCUUAACAGUCGGUCUGUUCUUGCCCAUUGCAUCUACAUGGAUGAGUACGACAUGUCACGCCUCGAGCAUUUGCAAUGUGGCAUCUCUCACUGUCCUGUGUCCAAUAUCACCAGCGGUAGCUUCGGCGUUGCGCCCAUUCGAGAAUAUCUAAGAAGAGACAUGAAAGUUGGGCUAGGAACAGAUAGUGGUGGCGGAUACUCCUCGUCCAUCAUCGAUGCUAUGAGGCAGGCCUUUGUUGUCUCGAACGCGCGAAAAUUAAUGCCAGACUACGACGCGGCCAAGGAUAAACCACUAUCAUAUUUCGAGACAUUCUAUCUUGCCACCUUGGGAGGUGCGCGUGUCUGCAAUCUUGAGGACAAGAUUGGAAAUUUCAUUGUGGGAAAGGACUUUGAUGCCUUAGAGAUACAUACUAUUGGGGAUGAUGCUGGGAUCAUCACCUUGGUCGAGGAUAUCGACACAACCGCCGACAUGUUGGAGAAGUUUAUCAUGAGUGGAGACGACAGAAACAUUGCUCGAGUUUUCGUAAAGGGACGCUCGAUCAAGUGA